GGAAAUCCUGCCUCUCUCUGUUGUCAGAAGGUGGAGCUCUACAGAGCAUAAAACUGAGAGGAUGUUCAGAGCAGCCUCAUACAAACACGAACACUUUCAGAUGUCAAGAGAUGGACAAACAGCUAAUAGAGGUGGCAUCGCUUGGCCGAACAUUCACCCUCGGCAUGCUCUAUAACCGCUGCGAUGAGUCACUCUGCACAGGUUUUUCACUGUGGGACCACGACCAGCUGCAAAAGAAUAUUGGAGAGAGACCACAGUACAACAGCCAAUUUGAGAUCAUUGCAUCUGAGUCAAAAGAGGAUAAAUCAUCAGCUUUAAAUGUUGAUGCAUCUCUGGAGUUAAACGUGUUGCUUGGACUCAUCAAGGCUGAGGGAUCAGCUAAAUAUUUGGUGGAUUGUAAGAAAUCCAAGAAUCAAGCCAGAGUUACACUAAAAUAUGAAGUUACUACAAAGUUCCAGCAACUGUCUAUGGAUCAUCUUGGACCAAAAAACGUCAAGUACUGGGACAUUAUCACAAAAAGUAAUGCGACACACGUAGUCACAGGCAUUCUUUAUGGGGCGCGAGCCUUCUUUGUCUUUGACCGCGAGGUGUCAGAAAAUGAAGAUUACUCAGAGAUCCAGGGCAACUUGACAUCUAUGAUUAACCUGCUCGUCGCUAGCUUAAAGUGUGAUGCAUCACUGGGAAUAAAGGGACAGGACAUUAGUGCUGAUGACAAAUUCUCCUGCAAAUUCAUUGGAGACUUUGCACUUGAGAAAAAUCCUGUGACUUACCAGGACGCAGUACAAGUGUAUCGAAGCCUGCCACAAUUGCUGGGACCCAGUAAAGAAAAUGUUGUACCAUUGAAAGUGUGGCUGCUGCCACUGACAUACUUUGAUGCAUCAUUUUCUAAAGUCAUUCCCGACAUAAGCACAGAAUUAGUGCACAAAGUAAAGUGUGUCCUGGAAGACUUGACCGACCUGGAAGUAAGGUGCAAUGAUGCCCUGAACACCAACAUCGCCCAGCAGUUCCCAGAGAUCAAUCAAAACCUGCAGACUUUUAAACGCUGCUGUUGUGAUUUCAAGAAGGAUUUUCUACAAGCCAUGGCAGAAAAAUAUACAACUAGCCAAAGAGGUGACGCAGCCGAAUAUGAAGAAAUCUUUACUAAAUUUGACACGAAAGAACUCACAAAGUGGCUGGAUUGGGAAGAGAAGGAAAUCUACUUUUUAAAAUCUUUAAUUAACAUGGAAAACAUUAAAAACGUUUUCUCUGAACAAGAGCUUGAUGUUGAAGCUCUAAAUGCUGACCAUGCCAUUUGUUUUGCAUUCACCUCACUUUUAACUGAUGAUUUAGAGCAAAUACUAAAAGCAGCCACUCCGCAGGAUCCUGACCUUGACAGAGGAUCGGCGUUCUCAUCAGCACUGCGAGUUCUGGGAUCUACAGCCAAACUCUUUGCUGAUUUUGCUGAAGCCAACAAGACCAACAACCAAAUGAGGUUCCUCACAGCAGGCUUAGCCGGAGAAAGAAAGGGUGCGAGGAUCCAGCUUUACAGAGAUGGUCGUCUCGUCAAUGAGGAUUUUAAGCCACCAUCAAAGCCUGAGACACUAACAGAAGGUGGUGUGAGUCACAACAGUGUGACACUGAGCAUUGGUCCAUCCCAGUCUGGAACAGAGAGCAUCAUACGCUACUCAGUGGAACACAGUGUUAGUGGAGAAAAUAUGUGGACUUCGAUGAGAGCAGAUGCUGGAGAAGUCACAGUGAGUGGACUGACUCCUAACACAGAGUACAUAUUCAGAUGCAGAGCGGUGACCUCAGUAGGUGUUGGACCGGCCAGAGAAACAGGUGGCUCCAUCAAAACCUUAACGUUCGAGAAGUUUGUUGUUUCACCGGUAGUGCCGGUUCUGCGUAGCGAACCAGGGAGUGAAAACCCCCUUAAAACAGUUAAACCGGAUGACAAGCUGUGUCCUCAGUGUAGUGGAGCUAGAACAAAGAAAACCAUCACGGUCGAUGCUUGCACAACAUGUGACCUCCCACAAGAGUCACUGCGUCUCCUGGAGGACUUCACUAAGCUUGAACUUAGGUGCAGUGAGGCCAUGAAAAGCGUAGCAGCCCAGCAGUUCUCUGAGAUCAGUAAAAACCUGAAAAUGCUUAUAGACCUGUGCUCUAAAUUUAAGUUGGAUGUUUAUCAUACCCUAAAAAAAACAGAGUUCUCUGAUGUGAUCCACAGUCUGAGUGAGUGGAUGGAGUAUCAAGAGAAAGAAAUUCAAACCUUAAUGUUCAUCACCAAAGACUUAAACAAUAUGAGAUCUGUCCGAUCUGAGAAUGAUGUGAAGCUGGAAGCUCAGACUACAAAGACUGUUGCAUGUUUUAUGUCGACCUUGGACGGACGUUUUGGUUCAUACCUGUCACGUGUCUCGCGAUGCCUAAAUGAUGAAGCCAGAGGUGACGUUCCGCCACUGCUGUCUAGUGAAGAUAAGGAACCCUGGUUCUAUUCACAAGAGCACUUGGAUUCAAUGAGUCUUAAAGCAAAGCUCUUCAGUGAUUUUGCUGAGGCCAACAAGGACAAUGAAGACAUGAAGUUUCUGACACUGGGUUUAGUGGGAGCCACUAAAGGUGCAAGGAUCCAUCUCUAUAGAGAUGGUCGUCUCGUCAAUGAAGACUUUAAGCCACCAUCAAAGCCUGAGACAGUAACAGGAAGUGAUUUAAGUCACAACAGUGUGACACUGAGCAUUGGUCCAGUCCAGUCUGGAACAGAGAGCAUCAUACGCUACUCAGUCGAGUCCCUCGUUGGUGGAAGAGAUGAAUGGAAAGUAAUCACAUGUGAUGAAACAGAGCCAGUCGUCACAGUGAGAGGUCUGACUCCUAACACAGAGUACUGGUUCAGAUGCAGAGCAGUGACCUCAGCCGGUGUUGGACCGGCCAGAGAAUUCAGCCAAUCCAUUAAAACGUUACCGAGCAGCCCUCCUGGGAAUCUGCAAGCUAAAGCAGCUGGAACACAAAUCGAGGUGACCUGGGAGAAACCGACCGAGGUUGGCCACAACGUCCAGAUUCUGAACUACGUCAUAGAGUUCACCAAAACAGAGUCCAGUGGAGCUCUCCAUUGGAAGCACACAGUGUCAACCUCAGAAACAGGUCUGAUUUCAGGACUUCAGCCACACACUGAAUACAGUGUCAGGGUCCGAUGUGACUGUGGGGGAACUGGUCGGAGCAAGCGAAGCAACCCAGUUAAUGUCUGCACCACCAGAAGUCUAACAGAACUUCUGAUAUCCUCUUGCCAAUGCGUACGGUCUGCCCCCCCCUCAGUUUACCAGCUGCCUCUGACAGAAGAGCCAAACACAGCAGGACACAGAAUGUAUAGCUUGGGAACAGGAACCCAGAAAAGUAAUCGGACGAUGAUGCUUCUUGGGGCAACCGGCACUGGAAAGUCCACUCUCAUCAACACAAUGAUCAACUAUAUACUUGGUGUUGAGAGAAGCGAUGACUUCAGAUUUACAUUAAUUAAAGAGGAACAGACGUCUGAAGUCACUGUCUACAAACUCCACCACCAGGAGGGCUUUAAAAUCCCCUUUUCCCUGACUGUGGUUGACACACCAGGGUUUGUGACAAAAGAAGGAGACAAGCUCCUGAGACAGCAGCUGCGCCGACUAUUCGCCUCUGACAACGGAGUCUGUGAAAUUGAUGCAGUUUGUGUUGUAGCUGCAUCACAGAAAGAUGCGUGUAAUUCCCUGUUUUCCAUCUUUGGUAAAGAUGUGCUGGAGAAUAUCAGGGUUCUGGUGACAUUUGCUGAUGGGAAACGCUCCUCAGUUGUAGAGACAAUAAACUCUGUGUGUGUCCCAUGUCAACAGGGAGAGACCAACAAACCCACAGAUCACUUCAAAUUCAACAGUUCAGCACUGUUUGAAUGUAAAUGUUCAGGGUCUGAGCCAGUCGAGGAGGAUGACAGCAUUAAUGAAGUGUUUUGGAGCAUAAAUGUGAAAAACUGGAAGAGGUUCUUUGCUGAUUUGGGUCAAAUGACCACCAAAACUUUGGUUCUGACAGAGGAGGUCCUUCAACUGAGAGAGGAGCUGGAGGAUGCAGUCGAUAAACUGCAGACGCUAAAACAGGGGUCGAUAAAACAAGAAUGUGAGACAGAGCUCACCAGAGCCCAGAACCUAGAGGUUGGUGUUUUCUUAGGCGGAGGUUUCUUGACCCACCUGCAGUGUCACUUUGUUGAUAUGGGUCAAUGCUUCUCUCAGGGUUCAGACAGAGGCCCAAGGCCAGAACACGUCAGCCACGACAUGGGAGGGGAACAAGCGGCGGCUGAGCCGAAUGAGAGGUUCCUACUCAGUGGUAGAAAGACAAUAAGGGUUCUGCUGAAGAAGAAGUUUAAGGCUAGACCAGUUCAGGAUGAGAUGAGGAGCUUGAUGGAGAUGAUACAAAGGUGUUUAAAUAGACUUGCAGAAAUUGCACUGAAACCACUUCCACGCUCCAUCUCAGAAUACAUCCACACACUGAUUGAGAGAGAGCAGUGUGAGGCCCGGCCCGGAUGGAUUGGCCGGGUUCAUGCCCUGGAGGUUCUGCUGGCUCAAGUUAGAAGAGAAGAACUCCAGAGUCCACAAAGCACAAGUCAGAAAUGAGUUGACUGACUUGAAUGACUAUAAAAUCCCACUGGUUGGUUUCAAGUCAGGGUGAGACUUGGUUCUGGCCACUGAUUCUGCUCAGCUGCUGAGACAUCACAUAAACACAUAACACAUACAUUCUGUGCUGUUUUGCAGUGAGUCAGUGAGUAAACAGUGACUGGUUGCUCCGGGCGAAGAUGCGAUUCACAGACAUAUUUACAGAGCUACGACAGUGGUGUGGUAGACAUGCUAAUGAUGCUAAGUGCUGCUUAUGUUGACCCUUUAUAAUAAUGAGAAAACGAAUGCGCAGCGGCACAUACACAUAUGGGGAUCAGUAUAUUUUUUGAGGGAAGGCACCAAAGUCCGAGAGAAAAAGAACGAGGUGUCAGUCGUAAAGAAAUCCAACCCCGAGCAAGUUCUCAUCAACAGUAUUCUACUACAGAACUCUCUCACCCAGUGCACAGCAGCAUCAUACACUUGCUCAUACUCGUAAUGCAAGUCAGAGCUUUAUAAUAAAAAUGUGUGUGUUUUCAUUCCAGCUUCAGCGUUCACACACAGGUCAUUUAUAGGUAUUCCAACAGAAUGUAAAUACUGUAGUUUGACUUCAAUAAACCAUGUAACUUGUGUUAGAACGGCGAGACCACUCUGUACACGUCUGAUGUCUCUCACAGGGGAGACUCGGGGACUUCGUGUCUUUGCUCAAACACAUGAAAAAUCAGAGAAAACAUUGGUUUUGGUCCUUAAAUCCAAUCGCUCACCUAAUUGAAUAUUCGAAGUGUGAUGGAAAUUUUGCAAUAAAGAAGCUGAUGGGA